AUGCCCACGCCUCUGCAAGCUCACGGGCUGCGUGCUGCCGAUGUUCACACGACCGUCAAUCUGCUCAUUGACAAUCUAGUAAACAUCAAAGAUACUACCGGAGAAUUCCUUCUGCGCUUACCGGACGGCCGAGUAAUAGAUACAAAAGGCUGGAACGACUGGGAAUGGACUCACGGCGUCGGGCUGUAUGGCGUCUAUCAAUAUCACCUGUUGACUGGAUCUUCGUCCGCUUUGCAGGUCGUUGAGGACUGGUUCACCGCGCGCCUGGCCGAAGGGACCACGAAGAACAUCAACACGAUGGCUGUGUUCCUGACGCUAGCCUACCUGUACGAGAAGACGGGCAACUCGACUUUUCUUCCGUGGCUCGAGUCCUGGGCAUCCUGGGCCAUGCAUGACCUGGACCGGACACCCUACGGCGGCAUGCAGCACGUUACCUACCUGACUCCAAACACGAACGAGCUGUGGGACGAUACGCUGAUGAUGACGGUCCUGCCCCUGGCCAAGAUUGGGAAGCUGCUAAACCGGCCCGAAUACGUGGAGGAGGCGAAACGGCAGUUUCUGCUACACAUCCAGUUCCUCUUCGACACGUCUACCGGGCUGUUCUUCCACGGCUGGAAGUUCGACGAGAACGUCCCGGGGGGUGUCGGCCACAACUUCGCGCGCGCACGGUGGGCAAGAGGCAACAGCUGGCUCACGAUAGUCAUACCAGACUUCAUUGAGCUGCUAGACCUACCGGCCAACGACGCGUUCCGAAUCCAUCUUGUAAACGUGUUGGAAGCUCAAUGCAAAGCGCUGAAGAAGCUCCAGGCGCCAAGCGGACUUUGGAGGACGCUGCUCGAUGUGUCGGAGGAGGAAGGAAGCUACGUUGAAGCUUCUGCAACGGCAGGUUUCGCGUAUGGUAUGCUGAAGGCGGUACGGAAGAGGUAUAUCGGGCGAGAAUACGAGGAGGUCGCGGUGAAGGCUACGAAAGCGGCGCUCGAUAGGGUAAAUAAGGAAGGGGAGUUGCUUGACGUGAGCUUUGGCACAGCGAUGGGCGAGACGCUACAGCACUACAAGGACAUUGCGCUGACGAGUAUGCCGUACGGACAAGCCAUGGCGAUCAUGGCCCUGGGAGAGUUCUUGAGGACCUUCAUCUAA